AUGAUACCAGAACGCGUGAUGUGUUAUAGGGAAGACACAGGAAUAUACCUUGAAGACAAGCCUGACAACAUACUGCCUGGAAACUAUGAUGUAGACUCAAUACCACUAGGAAAACAUUUAUACCGGAGCCAAAAUACACGGUUGAAGUUGUAUAAUCUACCACACUCGAGACUCUCCAAAACAUGUGACCUGAUUCUGGCGUCUCCUAUACAGCUGCCAACUAGUCCUAUGGCUGUGGCAAAGAGGGCACAAGAGGGCACACCAGCCAAGGGAGACCACAAACUAAUACCUAAUUCGCGUGAUAGAUACGCGCCAUCUCCUUACAAUAAGGCCUCAGAAACUGAUAUAGACAUGCUGCUUGCCGAAGGAAAAGCUGCAGCUGUUUCUAGCUAUGCUGCUGGUACCUCUAAACCUGAAAAUGCUGCCCAUAAAUCUCUCCAUGACAUUCCCAGCAACAAUGGUUCCAUUACAAUACGCGGCACUGCUUCUAUGCCACGGGGAGAUAACAAGAGCAAAGCAACAGGCAGCCCUAGUAACCCUUCAAUUCCUGAUGCCCCGAUUCGAAAUGACACCAAUAACAGAAUGCCAAUUCCCUUGCCUCAAAAACCGCUCGAACCGCGGAAACCCUGUAGCCCAGGGCAAGCAAGGCUACAGCACAACUCUCCCAUGGAAGCGGAAUUCUCUCCUAAUUAUCACCAACUGACCCCUCUAACAUCACCAAGCCAGAGACCAGAGGCCCUGAUAGAAGGCGGGAUGACGCCUACUUCUGUUACACCCCCGAAUGCGCUACCAAGCAAGUGCAUGACCGAGCAUGAAUUCCAGAAUCUUGAACCCCAAGGUCUACAGGAUCUUCGCAGCUGGCUAUUAUUCACCGGGUAUUAUGAUGAAGACUAUCGCCAGAAGACAAUAUCCCGUCAUCGGCGCCUGGUUGCUUUGGAUGAGGAACGUGCAGAAUUGAUCAGAGAGGAACAAUAUGAGAGGCAGGCAUUUGCUGAUAGAUCCAACAUUGGACUUCCAUCACCAUCAUUUUCUCACAUGGUGAUUGCGGGCACGAGGAAUACUACACCAUGUAGCUCUUCAGCACUACUCUCUCAUUCAGAGCCUCAGGGCAACGGAAGUGCACGAAGAGCCUCAACUCCCACAACAGAAUUGUCUAAAAUUGAAAAUGAAAAUACCCAUAAAAAUAAAGAAAGUCAACAAAAGAUUGUCCGCCCUGACGGCCAGGCCAUCCCGAACGAUCCUAAAAGUCAAGGUUUGUUUCCCUGGAUAUUAACUCAGGGAGGAGCACGAGACCGUCAGCCAAACAACAAUUAUCCCAGCUCCCUAUGUGGAGGUAGGAAACCUUCUAAACGACUUGAAAUUGACGAUAAUCAGGGAGAGAGGCAGCCUGGGAUUAAAUACGCACGGCACCAGAUACCCGAUACCGAAUUUAAGACAUAUGAAUUAGCCCAUAUACCUCCUGUGGGAUUCUCUCUUCGCUCGUCAACUACCCUAGACACAAGUUAUUUUCUACCAGAAGUAACUAUUGACACGUAUUACCUUGUGAGGAGGAGCAACAGGAGAGAAGAAAGUUCAGACCAUCCCAGACGCAACUACGUGACCUUAUUUUUAUCUACUAGUACUGAAGAUACGUCAGUUAAACCCUUACCACUGAACGAGGUUAUUCUACGAUUUACACCUAACUUGAUAUCCAGUAUCUACAAGGCCUACAAGAGGGCUUCAUAG